AUGAUCACGUACAGUCGGCAGCCAUUGAGUAAACACGUGUAGCCAUCAUGUCUGAGAAAUCAUCUCAUUUUAAUUGUGGUUUAUGCAAAAAACUGUUGUCCACUAAUUAUAAUUUACAGCGUCAUCUUUAAAAUGUUCAUAAGAGUAAUAGGCCUGCGAUAGAAGGAGCAAUAUGUCCGUUCGAAGACUGCAGAGAAACAUUCAGGAUCAACACUUAUGAAGAAAAUAGAAAAUUGUACUCUGGAAAUCAUGGAAAAAAUUAUGGAGAAUGAAUCCCCAUCAAUAACUGUGAGAAACUCGAAAGAUUGGAGGAAUUGUGAUUAUAAAGAAUGGCUGACUCUUAGAAGUGAUGCCACCGAAACCAGAACAAGUUUUCUGAAUAGCAGAGAAAGAUUUAUUCGCGUCAUGCACAUGCUAAACAAAUUACAUCAAUUAUUGAUGUCUAAUAGUCAAUGCUCUCUGAGGCAACUUUAUUAUGACGAUGUGGAACUUUAUGGAAAUCAACGACAAUCUGAUGAUAUUCUGAACUUUAUAUGCAAGAAGCUCGACUGCAUGCCCAAUAAUCUUGGAAUAAUUCCGAAUUCCAAAGGACUCAUUGCAGGUCUUUUAAAAUUAAAAAUGAAGCAUGAUCAGAUUGAUUGCUCAACAGUUGGAGGAACCAAAAUACCUGAUGAUAUUAGAAGUAUAAACCAUAUUGAAUCAAAUGCAAGAUUUAUCCUGGUAGUUGAGAAGGAAACUGUUUUCCGGAAAUUGCUGGAUGAAGAUAUAUCCCAGAAACUGGGACCAUGCAUACUGAUCACAGGAAGAGGCUUCCCAGACUUGAAUACUAGGCAUAUGCUCAGAGUUCUUUGGAAAAAACUGGAAAUCCCCGUAUUUGCACUCGUUGAUUGCGAUCCUCAUGGAAUAGAGAUCAUGCUUGUGUACAGAUUUGGAUCAUUGAGCCAGUCGCAAUUUGGUGAGAUUCUAGCAGUGCCAUCGAUGAAGUGGCUGGGCGUACAGCCGAGGGAUGUCAUCGAUCUGCAUAUUCCAAGUAUUCCUCUCACCAUUGAAGAAAAACGAAAUCUGGAGGUGAUGUGCGAUAGGCAGUAUUUGAAAUCAAAUCCUCAAUUACUACUUGAGAUAACGAAAAUGUUCGAAUCAUCUUCAAAAGCAGAAAUUGAAAGCCUCUAUCAUUUCUCCCCUUCAUAUUUGACUAAUGUGUACCUGCUGAAUAAGAUACAUAGCAACGAGUUUGUUUAACAAUCCAGAUGAAACUCAAAUUUGAUGUAUUCAAACAAGAUUUUUCUUAACAGUCGAAAUGUAUUAUGAAUGUCCUAUCCAGAAGUGGACUAUGAUUUUCAAGUAGUUAUUAUUUCCUGGGUUCCACCUUGAACUGAAAUAAAGGAUUGAUAUACCAAAACAUCUUGUUAUACCAACAUUAAAUUAUUCUAUUGUUAUUCUAGAAAUGUGAAUUCUCACAACAAACAAUUCUGCUUCAUGUUUUUUUUUAAUAAGAGGUGCGUUCAUAAAGUAAGGGCCGUUUAGUAACAGAAAACAAUAUACUCAUAAGAAACAAAUGUUAUUGCCAUAUUUAGUUGCGUACGAUCACUCAUUACUUCU